AUGUUUGAGUCGAUCGUAAGUGGCCGUGAAGGGAGGUUAAAGUGGCUGAACAUGGAUUACUCAAUUGUGCGCAAGAACCAAUCGCUCCCGCUUUCGCAAUGGACUGGCCAGGACCAGAUUCUGAUGAAAGUCGGAAUGACACGCAAAGCAACCGUCUUAGCCAGGCUCUUGGAAUGGGAAAAUAGCUGCAAACACCCUAUAACAGGGCUUGACCUAUCAAAAGUCGAGCAGCUCCAUCGUUUGUCUGUCCGGAACCAAUCCCGACCGAAACACAGCUCAUCGCUGGUUCGCCUGUUCCGAAAACUGUCGAUCUCAAAGACACAGAAAGCUCAAAAAGCUCAAAAAAACGCACCAAAUCUUGAUAAAAUUCCAAGUUUCAGAGAUGGCGGGUUCUACGUGACAGAAGGACGGUCUUUGGAGCUCAUAGAGACCAAAAUUCACCAGCUCUUGUGGAAAAAGUAUGGACAAGGACUGAUCUACUGUUACGGGUGCAAGAAUGAGCAAGGUCAGCCUAAAAGACAUAGAGAAUGGUUUAUGGUGCCACUAGACCAAGUCAAAGAUAUAUUUUGGGCCAUUAGUGCCAUCUGUAGCGAAAGCUGA